AGAUGAUGGCAGUUCAAUCUGAGGAGUGAAGUGAGCAACACGUAUGCUGUUUAUAAUCAAAUAUUAUUAGACAUGGUGCCCGUCACGAUCCUGGAACCGGCUGUCAAGUCGUACAUAGCAUGCUCCGGAAUACUAGCACUCAAAGUAUUAGGAAUGUCAUUGUUGACGGGGCGCAUGAGAUACAAAAAGAAAGUCUUCGCUAACGAGGAAGACACAAAAUUGAAGGAUUCAGUUGUGAAAUACGACGACCCUGACGUGGAGAGAAUCCGCCGCGCUCAUUUGAACGACCUAGAGAACAUUCCAGUGUUCUGGGUUGUAGGCGCGUUGUAUCUAACGACCGGACCGUCUGACGAGGUCGCCGUCAAUCUCUUUAGAGUUUACACAGCGGGGAGGAUCCUUCACACUCUUGUGUACGCCGUGAAGCCUUUACCACAACCGGCCCGAGGCAUAUGUUUUGGUAUUCCCUUUUGGAUCACUAUUUAUAUGGGGGUAAAAAUUAUUUCUCACUAUAUGAUCUCCUUGUAAAAUACAGUAUUCAGAAAGACUAGUUCAUCCCAAGCAGAAAACCGAGUAAGCUUUCUGAAGCAAAUAAAAAUGUUCAACGAUAAUUAAUGUGCUGCAUCUAUUAAAAUGUUAAAACUA